AUGACGACAGCCAGGUUUCCGGGCCAUUCGCGCACCACCAGCACUGAUUUCUCUGAGACUUCCCUAGUCGAGACCGUCGUGCCCGCCGCUUCGGCAGCUGAUCUCCAGCAGUCGCUCGGUGCAUGGGAUGGCACUAUAAACGAAGCUAGCACAUCGAUCCUACCCUUUCUAUCGCAACGACAGUUUCUAUUCUUUGAUGAACUUGUUCCUGUUUACGUGGUCCUCCGGACGCCAACUACCGAUGAAAACACCCUCAAAUCCUACCUAGGGAGGCUUGCCCUCAACGUCGAGGCCUAUGCUACAUCGACUGCUCCCCUGUCCCACACAGGUGCUCCGCAUGCUCCUCCGCUGAAGGAACUUCUCCACUCUGCCACUGUCCAGAAUCCAGCAGAGCCGGUUCUCUUCUCUUCCCGAGGGGUGACUUACGAAAAUGGCAACUCGCAAGAGUAUUGCUAUGUAGCCUGGAAGGUCGAAAUCUUCAUAGGGCACCCGCGAUCAAGACUACCAAAACCGGUCGUUUAUUUCUCAGUAGGGGCAUCUCUGAAGCCUGUGCAGCAGGUGAAAUCAGAACUCCUGGAUGACGAGUAUUUACCGAGCUUAGCUCCUCUGUCAGGCAAUUUGUUAGAAGCUUUUGCCAGAGAUCCUGCGCUCCAGGGAGUAAAACCGCAUCUGUCCGCCUCGCGCAUCACAAAGGUUGCCCCAGCCCCGUCAGUAGAACGCGACCUUUUGCGCCCACUACAGAACGCCAGCAGGCGGACUUUUCGGGCAUUUCCGGCGCUUGCAUGGAGGAUCCGGUACACGAAGAGCUAUGCUCCCGUGUCAGAUCUCUCGAUUUUCGCAUCCUUCGAUUUUGAAGUAACCGGCAUGGCUGGCUACAGCUUGAGCCUGAACGAGGUCGAACUUGCUCUUUCGGAUGGCCGCGUAGAGUCCUGUGGAGAGAACCUCGGCGGCGGUCGCGAGAAUGUCUACAAGUCCGGCGAUCAGGUUGCCCUGCUGUACAAGCUGAUACCGAACGAUGUGUCCAAGGACUACACAGUGCCCAUGAACAUCCAUGCAUUGGAUGUCAGAAUAAGAGCGAAGAUCCUCCUAUCAGAAGAAUGUCAGCCUGAAGUUGUCAUCGACUGGAGAACAAACGUCGACAUCGCCCACGUGCUCAAAUCAAAACUCCGGGUCCCGGACCAUCUCCUCGGCCGUUCAGCACAUCAGAGAAACAUAAGCAGCAUCAACUCCUCUUCCUCGUCCAAGCAGCCAGGACCUGAUUCUCUUCCCUACAUGGAAAACGGCCUGCAGGACUCCUCGUCGGGAGGAAACAUCGAUGUCGCGGUAACUAUUGUUGGGCCGGAACGCGUCUACGUCGCGGAGCCUUUUGUCUGGGAUGUAUUCAUUGUCAAUCGCUCUGACCGCGAGCGCCGGCUGGAGUUCCAGGUUGUGUUCAAGGCUCUUGCCGUUGGACAGUCGCCAGACUUGCUCCUCCACACGUCGAGGGGCCUCCAUGUCGGGACGUUGGCGCCGACCGCGUGCAAAAAUACUCAGAUAGAGCUCGAGCCCUUCAAGGACGGCAUACUCAAUUUGGAAGCCCUGCGCCUGAUUGACCUCCAGACGGAGGAGUACACGGACAUCCAUGAUCUCCCGCUCAUUGUGUCAUAUAGGAGACCUAGUGGCGCGUAA